AAUUUAAUCUGACUAGUGCCCUAGAAGACUGUAAUAAAAUAAAUAAAUAAAAACUAUUUCUGUAAAUACAUUACCAGCAAAAUAGCUGAGGAUAAUCCCCAUCCUUUAUUGGAUGUGGGGGUAAAGAGUGACAAGGAAUGAAGAAAAGACUGAGGUGCUUAAAGCCUUCCUUGCCUCAGUGGCAAAUUAAUAGCAAGAUCGUUUUUUUUUGGGGUACUCAGCCCUAUGAGCUGGAAGAGAGGAACAGGGAGCAGAAUGAAGCUCCCAUAAUCCAAAAGCAAAUGCUCAGUGACCUGCUAUACCACUUAGAUAAACUCAAGUCUAUGGGGCCAGGUGGGAUUCAUGGGAGGGUGCUGAAGGAGUUGGCUGAAGAGGUCCCUGAGUCACUGUCCGUCAUUUACCAGCAGUCCUGGCUAACCAGGGAGGUGAAAUGCAACACCUAUCUACAGGAAAGACCAGAAAGAGAAGCCAGGGAUCUACAGGCCUGUCAGCCUGACCUCGGUGCUGGGGAAGGUUGUGGCAUAGAAGGUCAUUUUGAGUGCCAUCACACAACACACAAAAGGACAACCAGGGGAUCAAGCCCAGGCAGCAUGUCUUGUGAAAUGCAGGUCCUGUUUAACCAACCUGAUCUCCUUUUAUGGAAAGGUGACCCACUAAAGUGUAGGAGGGAAAGGCUGCAGAUGUUGUCUACAUGGACUCUAGUAAAGCCUUUGACACAGUUUCCCACAGCAUUCUCCUGGAGAAACUGGAUUCCCGUGAUUUGGAUGGGUGUAGUCUUUGCUGGAUAAAAAGCUGGCUAAAUACCCGGCCCAGAGAGUGGUGGUGAAUGGUGCUACCUCCACUUGGUGGCUGGUCACCAGUGGUGUUCCCUAGGACUCAGUUUUGGGGCAAGUCCUGUUUAAUGUCUUUAUCAAUGAUCUGAACUGGGGUGUUGAGUGCACCCCCAGUAAGUCUGCAGAUGACAUCAAGUUAGGUGGGAGUGUUGAUCUGCUGGAGGGCAGGAAGGAUCUGCAGGGGGAUCUGAACAGGCUGGAUCAAUGGGCCAUAGAAUUACAGAGAACUUGUAAAGAGUCUUUCCACAUAGAAGAGCCUGAAUUGAAAAAAAUCAGAUGAAUGUUUGCCAGUUAAAGCUGAGCAGAAUUAGAAGGAUAAUUAAAACUUCAGUAUAUUGUACAGAAGGAAUAUAUGGUCAUUGGGCUAGGAAACUAAGUAUUUUAAUUAACAUGGCUAAAAAUAAGUCAUAGCAAUGCAUUAUUUUGAAAUCUGUAUAUGACCAAGCCAUACUAAUGUAAAGUAGUCUGGCCUUAAGAUCAUUAUAUAAUUUUCAGGGCAAAAAAUUAUUCUCAGAAUCAAGAGCAGAGAGAAAUAUGUAAAGAUUUAGUUGUUUUUUCAAAGUUUUCAGCUACAGAAAUAGAUGCUUUUCCUGAGCAUGAGUGAAUGAAUGCUGAUGCCCUUUCUUCUCUCUUCUAAUUAAACACUUCCCACUUCACUUCUGCUCUGCCAGCUCAGAUGAAAGUUUGGAAGUCAACAAAGAAGCAAACUGCAAGAAGGUAAAGAAAAAUGGAAAGAUGAGGGAGGAGAUAAACAGUGAUGGAAUAUAUGGGAAUAAAAGGCACAAAACAAAGAUGUACCCCAGUUUAUAUCAGGGUGACAAGAGGCUUAUCAAUAAACAACACUAGAGUCAAUGGUGUUUUUCAGAGUGUAUCAAUAUGGGCAGAGUGGAAAGGCUCCUCUGCCUUUUCUUAGCAUACUAUUUCACGAAGAUCUUUAUCUGUUCAAAGCAAUUUUAUUAUUUCAUAAUCUACCAUACAAUAUUUUCAGGCCUUUGCAAGGCUUGUAAAACUUGGUACUAACCAUAAAUAACAUAUUGUCAAACACACAGAUAUCAGAAAUUCCCUGAGCUUCAUAAUGCUAAAAGCAGAGUAGCUCGGCUACUGACCAGUGACAGAGAGAAGAUACUGUUCUGACUCUCUGUGGCCAUCCUCCUGUAUAAGAAAGCAUUGCUUGUACUUUAAAAGUGAAGAAAAAUAUCACUGAUUUUUAAAUGUUACAAGCAAAUAUUUCUUAAAACAUUUUCUAGGGGUAUUUAUUUAUUUGUACAUAAAUACAAAUCCUCACAUGGGGAUCCUCACUGAGGAUGAAGUAUUGAAGAAGAGAUUAUGAUUUGAUAUGAAUCCUGAAGUAGAGGUUGCACAGGACUUAAAUGUUCCAUCAGUUUUAAUUGUGGUUUGUUUCAAGGAUGGAAUCUGAUCAGAGUGGGUUCCAGAGUGGAUCAAGGAGCUCAAAAACUUAAAUGUUGGCUCAUCUUUAAAGGGCAAAUGCUAGAUUAGACACCAUCUAAAGGCGAUGCAGACAGACAGUACAACUUUCAGAUCCAUAGCAACAAUUAAUUAAUUUAAUUCAUUACAGUUGUGACCUGAAUUAAUGUUAAUUAAUUAUUGUUAAUCCACAUAAACUCAAAUACAAACCUGUUGACCAGCCUGUUCUGCUUUUGUUUUCUUUAUUUUUAGAGCUCUGAUACACUGCUUCUGAUUCAUUCACAUUAAAACAUGAAGUAACAACAUAGUUUAUGGUUGGAUUGUUCCUAAUAAUUAAAAAUCAAGUUGAGUCUAUGCAAUUUAAAUGUGACUAGCAGUACAGCUUCUAGUUAAUUCAUCUGUGCAAAAUGACAUCUGUGCAAAAUGAGCAUCUGCCUGUUAUUUUAUUUAAGCAACAUAAAUAAUCUACUGAACUGAAACUUCUUCAUGGUUCUCCAUCACUGUGCCUGUUGAUUAACCAAGGAAAUAUAAUUUAGUAACUAUGUCAUUUUAAUCAUCAUGGAAGAACUUUGUACUUUAUAAUUCAUACAUACAUACUUGCAAGUGUAAUAUGUCGGAGCAAAGUCCAGCAGAAUAAGCACAGUGUGAAACAAGGAAUAUGCAAUUUUGCUGCAUUUGUGAUAGCAUGUUGGAGCUGAUUUAUUCACUUGGACUUAAGUAGCAGGCAAAGUACAACUGUAGAGAGUAAGCUCAUUUACUUGUGUUCUUCCUUGCCAGUCUUCACUUCAAAGAGCUCUAAUCUGUGUUACAGUUCUGUAUUUCUGCAGGAGAACUGACUCAGAAGGAAGAUGUUGACAAGCUCAGCAGGAUUUAUGCUGUUCUUGCUCUCUCAAUGCACUGUGUCACUGAGCACCGAGGAGGCAGUGGUCCUGGCUAAUGCCCACCUUCUCCCCCAGAGAGACUAUGAGAGACUGGGUAAUGCCAAUGAAAAAGACUAUCCAAGAGAUUGUUUUGAGAUUUUUCAGCGCUCCAAAGGAAAUUCCAGAGAUGGUCUUUACAUCAUCCAACCAAAAGAGGACCCUAUUGUUGUCUCUUGUAACAUGCAGGAUGGUGGCUGGACAAUAAUCCAGCACAUUACUGCCAACAGUACUGUCGACUUUGACAGGACCUGGCAGGAUUACAAAUAUGGAUUUGGCUCUGUUCAUGAGAACCACUGGUUAGGAAAUGAAUAUAUGCAUCAGUUAACUAGCAGCUCUGUGCAAUAUAUACUUGGAGUUAAACUUGUAAACCUAAAUGCUGAAAUUAAAUGGGGACAGUAUGAACCAUUCCUUAUUGAAGGUGAGGAAUCUCAAUACCGCAUUAGGGUCGGUCUGUACAAAGGUAAUGCCACUGAUGCGCUGACCCUGGACACAGAAGCCUAUCUCCAUGACAACCAGAAGUUCACCACCAAGGACAGAGACAAUGACAAUUACUUUCUGAAUUGCGCUAAACUGGAACUCAAUGACAUUCCUGGGGGAGGCUGGUGGUACGACGCGUGUGCUGGAGCAAAUCUAAACCGUAGGAACAUGAUAUACUGGCAAAAAGACUGCAACAAGCAACGCCUAUGCAAGUUUGCAUGGAUGAUGAUCAAACCCAUUGAGCACCACCUGUCAUCUCCAUCAAAGUCCUGCCCGUGUCAGAAAAUUGAACUGUAGAUAAGCCAUGUGUACUUUGAAAGGAACAUGGACUUUUUGUCCAGUGACUGAAGUGAACUCACUGACUGAAUAAUCACACUAAGUAAAUAUGGUUGAAAAUUUAAAUUGGGCCUCUGCAAGGGAUUUAUGAUAACAUAUCUUCCAGGACUGGACCAUGUCAUAGAAAUAUGCCAACCACACAAGUGAGAAACUGUCAGAAACUGAGGCCUCUACCACAAGAUUUAAAUAAACAGAAGAUUUAAAAAAUUCAUUUUAUAGUAUUUUAGCCAUAAGACAAGCCAGGUAUGAAAUCCAGGACAUGAUGUCUUAUACAAUAUAUACAUGAAUAUAAUUGCAUU